UCAAUUUCAGCUUGAAAAGAAGAAUCUAAAUAAGUUUGUAAUUUUUGUGUAUUUCAACGUAUUUUCUACAGAAUAUAAAAUAAAAUGAGUGUCUCGUUACAGGAAUCCAAAGCCGCGGGCUCAUCCAAGCCCCAAUAUCGAAGAUCCUCACGUCGCAACCGUCCCGAAGAUUUGGAGAAGGAGGUAGAGCUGAUAAUGUCGCAAGAAGACGAUAGCGACAUGGAAAUGGAUAUUGCAAAGGAAAAUGAAGUUCCGGUAACACCAAGGUCAAACAAACAUACUGAACAAAUUGUAUCGCUCGGCGAUGUAAAAUCUAAUGCGCAUACUCCUAGACGUAGUACACGCAAAAGCGUUAAACCCGUACAAGAAUAUGAAGACAUUGUGACUUGUAAACGUCAACUGAGAUCGACAUCAAAGGUGGUAGAAGAAGUUGAAAACGAUAUGGAAGGGGAGGAGACUAAUACGGAAGAGCCACAACCGAGAUGGACACCCGCGAAGGUGGGUCGUGUGUCACAGAAGCGAAGUCGAAAGAGCCGUAAAACUGUGGGAGAUAAAAAUAAACCCAAGUUAAUGAAUCCAAAUGAAAAUGAAGAUCACACGGAAUCAGUUAAAGCAGAAAAUUUACAAAAUGAUGAGUUGAUUCAAUCAAAGGACGAAAAUAUUAAUAAAGCAGACAUUCAGGAGGAAUUUGUCAGUAAUGAUGGAGAAAGCGAUUGGACAAAAAUCGGUAAUAUUGAAGAAACUGAAAAGGAAGCAAUUACAAAUAAGGAAGAAAAAGACGUUACCAAUAUGGAAAAAAAUGAAAAAGAAGCAAUAAAAAAUAAGGAAGAAAAAUACAUUAGCAAUAUUGAUAUUAUCAAAUCUGAAGCUGAAGAUGUUUCAAACAAAAAAGAAUGUGAUGAGGAAGAACAUCAUGAUGAGGAGGUCGUAAUUAAUAUAAAAGUUAACGACAAUGAAAAAAAUAACAGUAAUGAAGAGAACGGGAAAGAAAGUAUCGUUCCGAAAGAAAGUAUUUUCCAAAAAAAAUUAAAAGGGUGUGUAAUAGAAGUUAGAGAAGAAAAAAAUCCAGAUAACUUUGGAACUUACUUGAAAAGUAAUAACUUGGAUAUUUCCGAUUUGGGACUUAAUCCAUUAACUGAAGAAAACGCUUUAAAUGAAGAUAUACAACUGCCUGGAGAAAAGGAGUGCAAAAUAUCUAAAAUUGCAGAAAGCGCCGACACAGAUAUCCAAUUUCUUACAUACAAUGAUGAUAAUUCCAAUGCUAGCGAUUGCAUUAUGAUAAAUACGGAUGUAGCAGAGGAUGAAGAGGAAGAAAUGCAGCCGUUACAACUUUCGGAUGAUGAAAGUUCAACGUCGCCACCACGUAAAACACCUCGCAUUAUUCUGACCACCGAUGAGGGAGUAGACCAGAAAUUAAAUGUAACCAUUCCUCAGAAUGAUGGUUGUACACCGAAAAGAUACUCAAAGACUGCAAAACGUAUGCCUACACCCUACAAGAAAAUUGCUGAUGUUUCAAGCACGGAAGAUGACGGCAACGAAAAGUGGACGGCUGAUGAACCACCUAUUACUGUAGAAAUUUCCAGAAUGGAACCGAAAGAAAUUGUUUUGCGUAGCAUUAGGAAGCGUUCAUUUUCUGUAUGCAUUGGAGCCGCUGAAGCCGAUAGUAAACGCAAAAAUGUUACAUUUUACAGCCCUGCUAAUCAGACUGUUAUUUUGGAAGAUGUGGACGUACGUAUGAUCCAGAGUGUAAAGAAAAAUACCGACUUAAAAACGGCAACUACUGAAACUUUUAUAACCCAACGCCGUAAACGUUCUAUGUCCUUUGAUGAGGCAAUGAUAAAUAAGUCAAAAUAUCGAACACAAACUCCGAGUAAAAUGGGGGUGACGCCACAAAAGGUCAAACCAACACGUACAAAAUUACCAAAUUUCGCAGCUAUUCAUCAGAAAAAUUUCGAGAAAAUGGAAAAUUUAGUCGAUCACGUGAAUCGUAAGGCAGAACGCGCUAAAAUACUUACGAAUUCGGCCUCAAAGGAUCGUAUUGCUAGUGCACAAAAACCAAUAAAAACUCACCAAGCCACUACCACGGCUACGAAUCCGGAUAAAUCUAAAGCAGUGAAGCGUAUUAACUUACACACAGCCGUGAAUUCAACAUUUUCAGGAAUUAAUAACACAUCUAUGCAUAAAACAUUUGACACAUCACACAAAGAACUUCACGAUUCUAAGUUGCCUUUGCCACGUAUUGGUGUUUGCAAACCAUUGGUUGCAGCUGAAACAACACACAAAGAAAACCGUGAAGUAAAACUACCAAAUCCACGCUUGGGUAUCAUUAAGCCGCACACUAUAACUGUUGUCAACAACAAAAAUAAGCAAAUGACGCCUGCCAAGAAUGCGCUGAAACCGACACAGCCACGACAGGCGGCGCGACCCGCUUUCAACCUAUCAACGGCACUUGAAACGCAUGCCAACAAUGCAAAAUCGGCAAACGCGGCCGCCGUGCAAAUUACCACUGCCGCGGUGACGAAACCAAAUGCCAUGAACGCAAACACAAAAUUCGCUCCAACAAUGUCAGUUGAUGAGAAAAUGGCUUCGCGCCGUCAACGUCACAUGGAUAUGUUUAAGGGACGCGCUGCCAACUCGCGCACCACUCCUGGCACGGCGGAAAAGAAAUUCGGCCAACUUAUAAGAGGCGUGCGUUCAAAUCGUCGCUUUGAACUGCAAAUGGCGCAUCGCCAGAACAUGGAACAUUGAAGCAUCAAACAAGUAUAUAUUUUUUUUCCAUUUACUUAUACUGGUUUUCUUAGUUUUAUAUAUUGUUUAGUGUAAACUUCUCGGGCUCAUUAGCCAAUUUCCAUGUGAAUUAAUAAAAAUAUAUUUAUAUGUUUGACAUAUUUGAAGUCAAAA